UAUAUACAAAAUAAGUUUAUAAUUACUAUAACAAAUAAAAUGUAUAAACAACAAAUAGAAUAACAUAUUACUAUGUAUAUCAUGUAGAUGUCUUAUAUUAUUUAUAUUUAGCAUUUAUUCUUUAUUUAUUUUUUUAAUCACUUUGAUAAAGAUUUAUAUCAUCCAUUGGUACAUCAACUCACAUGUGUAACAUAUGUUACUCAUAUAAGUGGAUAAAGCAUAUUUUACUAUUUCGUCAGGAAAUAUUUCACAUUUGACCAUGAGCUAUAGAUUAAAAACAAUAGUGCAUUGUUGUGUCUUUUAAAAAACAUAUAUUUUUUUAAAUUUAAUAUUUUAAAAGAAUUUAAUAAAUUUUUAAAAUACAAAUACGCCGACGUUUAUAAAUAUUCCAAUAUAAAAAUAUAGUGAUCGAUUAUUCAAAUAAAAGUUAUUACGAAUUUCAAACUAUGAGUAAGUACACUAUUAAUAUAAAGGAAAUAAUGUCCAAAGAUAUAAUAAAUAUUGUAAAUAAUUUAAACAGUUUAAUAUUGUCACAUAAAUGUCAUAACAUAUUUUAGAAAAAUAAAAAAUUUGAUAAUGUUCUUCUACAUGCAAAAUUAAUUUAAAUUUUUGUUCAAGAUGGUACGUCGACAUUGCAUUUUAAAUAUAAUAAAUUGGUGUACUGUUAAAAAAAUGUAAUCACAGAAUAGAUCAUACUGAAGAGAAAUAAAAGAUAUUUCUCUAUCACUUUUUUUCAUAUUGACUUAGAAAAGAAAUAUACUCGAACAGUCCAGUUAAUUGUAACAUUAAUAAUUAUCUUGUAAUAUUAGUGUUACAUGUAAAAAUGCUAAAUAUAAUAGAAUUUCUUUCAAUGUCCAUAAACUUAAGCAAGUAAUCAAAUAAAAAAAAUAGACUGUUUCAACGUUGAUCACGAAACCUAAAUAAUACCACUCUUUAUCUUAUAGCAGUUUUCUUUGAUUUAAAACGCGAAAGAUAUAGAACGUCUGUCGCAGUUAUAUUUCAACGGGUUGCGUUGCAAAGGGUUGCGAUAGAAAAAAUACGAUUCAUUACUUAUAAAUAUGUAAUGCUUUGUUGCAGGAAACUGUAUGGUAUAUUGCCUCAGAUAUUUUUUUCACAGUGAACUCCGUUUCUUUUAGAAACUGUUUCCAACAGAAUACAGAAUAAGCUCUGCGAUUUCAUGUGAAUAUUCGACGAGAUAUCUUUGUUUCGUACAGUUUUCUUUUGCUAGUUUAAUAUAACAAAAUGUCUUUCUACGAUAAUCAUCACUAUUACCAUUUCAAUAAAACGUCUCUAUGCAUUAUCGGCCAAUGGCCAUUUCAAUCGCGACUGAGGAACAACGUGAUGUUCGCAGUGGCGGUGUUCUUCAUUUCCAGUUUGACGGUCUUAGAGGUAACUAAAGAUACGUGCGGCAGCAAACGUCAAAACCGAUGGUUUAUACCUGAUUUUCUGCAGUUCUGGGGCUUGAUAGCUGGAAUAACGGAUCUGAGCAUUAUUAUGGAGAAUACUUCGCCGUUGUUAGUGAAUAACUUCAUCAUUAUAAAAUUAACCAGUUGUUGGUUGAAUCAGUAUAACAUGAAAGAUCUUCUGGAACAAGUAAAAGAGACUUGGAAAGUGAUACAUAAAGGACCAGAGAAUGAAAUAUUACAAUAUUAUGCGGAGGCAACCAAAAACUACUCAAUGCGAUACGCGACUGGUCUUUACGCGAUGUGGCUCUUCUAUUGCUUACCACCGGUCAUUAUUACUAAGAUAUAUACGCUUUUACCGACGAAUGAAACAUACUCGGCCAAGUUCCUGUAUCGAUUGGAACAUGUUCUUGAUGUAGAUAAAUAUUACAAUCUGUUGAUGCUUCACGCAUUUAUCAGCGUAUUCUACAUAGUCUCUGUGCCGAUAGCUGUCGACAGCAUGUUCAUACUCUGUACUGAGCAUGUUGGAGCAUUGUUUGGUUGCAUAAAAUACAACAUGCAGCGAAUAGAAGAUUCAGAAUUAUUUUUGCUCAAUCCAAACAUCGCACACGACGAAGCGUACGAUAUCAUAGUCAGCUGCAUCAAAUUGCACAAACGUAUCCUAAAAUUUUUUGAUCGGCUCGCAUCCACAUAUGCAAUGUCUUUCUUACUUUUGUUGGCAAAUGUAGUUAUUUGCUCAAGUUUUAACAUGGCAGAGUUGGUAAUGGUGGAUAAUCAACCAGACGAAAUUGUCAGAAUUCUUGCUUCUAAUGCAGCACAAUUGGCACAUAUAUAUUAUCUGAGUGCAACAUCUCAACGAUUGACCGAUUACAGCACUGAGUUUCAGGAAGUAAUUUACAGCUGCAAGUGGUACCAAAUUUCACUGAGAUCCAGACAUCUCCUGAGAUUAACAUUACUGCGUUCUACUAAACCGUGCCAAAUAAAAGCUGGUAAUAUGUUCAUAAUGUCGUUGGAGACCUUUAGCGAACUUUUAAAAAUGACCAUGUCGUACUUCACAAUGCUCACGUCAAUGCAUGAAUAACAGAUGCAUAUAAUGAUUUACAUUGGAAGAAAUAAAAACGUGUUAAAUAAUCAUUAUACAUAUUAUAUAAUGAUUACAAUCUUAUCUUAUUUAACAUAUCAAACAUACAAACUAAAGCAUUUUUCUAGCACAUCAAUUGAAUGUAUUCUUUAAACACUUUUUAAUUUUUAAGUUUUACGGCUUAGGCAUGCAGUGUACUUUUAUAGAGGAAAACAUAUAUUUUCAAUAAAAUUUUUAAUCCUU